AGUUCAAAGAGGGACCCGUGCACGUUACACUGGAGAUUUGAACUGAACAAGAUGGCGGAGCGCCGUGGACCGAGAAAUCGGGAGUAUAUGCGGACAAAUCACAUAAGUGACUGCUUUGUCGAAGAUAUGACCGUCAGGGACGUGCCAAUGUGUCGUCCUUCUCAUGAUUCGAGCAAAGUGCAUGAGCUAAACCCUGACACAAACGGAGUUGAUCCAUGUGCUGUGGAGGACGAUCUCAAACCCGAGGAGGAAGAGCUAGUCGCAGAAGGAGCUCGGCCAAUACAGAUAGUUGUUGCAAAUGAGGAGGACCAUAAAUUUGAAUUGGAUGCUGCAGCAUUGGAGAAGAUCCUAAUGCAAGAUCAUAUCAAGGACCUUAAUGUGGUUGUGCUCUCUGUGGCUGGUGCUUUUCGCAAGGGCAAAUCCUUCCUGCUAGACUUCAUGCUGCGCUACAUGCACAAUCAGUCAUCUGAGUCAUGGAUGGGAGGAGAUGAUGAGCCACUAACAGGUUUCUCCUGGAGAGGGGGUUGUGAGAGAGAGACAACAGGAAUACAGGCCUGGAGUGAAGUGUUUGUGGUGGAAAAGACUGAUGGCAGUAAGGUUGCUGUCCUGCUGGUUGACACUCAGGGAGCUUUUGACAGUCAGUCCACUAUUAAAGACUGUGCUACGGUUUUUGCACUCAGCACUAUGACCAGCUCCAUACAGGUUUAUAAUCUUUCACAGAAUAUUCAAGAGGAUGACCUACAGCAUCUACAGCUUUUUACAGAAUAUGGUCGCUUGGCAAUGGAGGAGAUUUAUGAAAGACCAUUUCAGAAACUCCUGUUUCUGAUCAGAGAUUGGUGUUACCCAUAUGAGCAUUAUUAUGGACUUGAUGGAGGAAAUCGGUUCUUGGAACGGCGACUGCAGGUAAAGCAAAACCAGCAUGAAGAGCUACAGAACGUAAGGAAGCAUAUCCACUCAUGUUUCUCAAGCAUUGACUGUUUCUUGCUGCCUCACCCAGGCCUGAAGGUUGCCACUAACCCCUAUUUUGAUGGCAGACUUAAAGAUAUUGAUGGUGAUUUUAAAAAAGAGCUGCAAAACCUGGUGCCUUUAAUGCUGGCCCCUGAGAACCUCAUCGAGAAGGAGAUCAAUGGUGCCAAGGUGACAUGCAGAGACCUACUGGAGUAUUUCAAGGCAUACAUCAAAAUCUACCAAGGUGAUGAGCUCCCUCAUCCAAAGUCCAUGUUGCAGGCAACUGCUGAAGCUAACAACUUGACAGCUGUGGCUGGGGCUAAGGACACUUACAGCCGGACCAUGCAGCAGGUAUGUGGUGGAGAUAAACCAUACAUUGCACCAGUUGACCUCCAGCGCUAUCAUGAUGAGCUGAAGCAAACCUCUGUCAAGCAGUUUUGUGCUGUUAAGAAAAUGGGAGGUGUUGAGUUUAGCAAACGGUACCAGGAACAGCUGGAGUCUGAGCUUGAUGAAGUUUAUGCAAAUUUCAUCAAGCACAAUGAAAGCAAGAACAUUUUCUAUGCAGCAAGAACGCCUGCAACAUUGUUUGCUGUCAUGUUCGUCGCCUACAUAGUCUCCACAGUAACAGGGUUCCUCGGCAUAUCGAUGAUCGCGGUCCUGGCCAACCUUGUGAUGGGGGUGUCCUUGAUGUCACUGUGUGCAUGGGCGUAUGUGAGAUAUUCAGGCGAAUAUCGAGAAGUGGGUGUGGCCAUAGACCUUACAGCAGAAGCCUUGUGGGAGCAGGUGCUGAAGCCACUGACUGAGCAGUACAUGGAGGAAAAUAUCCGCCAGACUGUAGUUAACUCUAUAAGAGCCAGUCUGACUGAACAAGUGACUCAAACUUCCAAGUUAAAAACUAACUGACCGUUCGCCAUGCCCCAUGUCUCUCCUGUCCAGAGUGUACAGAAUUUUUUUUUUUUUUUUUUUUUGCACAGUUUUAUUGUGGACACUUUUACCCUUAGGCUGAAGAAUUAAAACCAAAGUUUACAACCCAGACUAGGCAUGAUGUGCACACUUGGUGACACAGCUGCAGUCACUCGCUAAAAUGUAACAGAACACGUGCAAAGCUCUGUCGGUUUUUAAAAGUCAUAGAAAUUUGAUCAGGAAAAAAAUAUUGCGUCCAUUUGACCACUUUCAAUUAUUGCCUUUUGUUCUUUUAAAUUUAUUCAUUCAUUUGUAUGUGUUUGGAUUUAAUUUUGUCCUAUUUGAAUGUUGCUGACUUCAGGAACACUGCAGUAAUGCAAUGUGUGCUCACUACCAGAAUCCUUCAGUAAAUGCACUACUGCAGAGUGUAAAGCCAUGCUGAACUGUUUAAACUCAAACACUUGAAAUUGUAUCAUAAACCCCAGCAUGUACAUGAAUGUAUAAAUAUAAUUUUGUAUUCUAUUUCUAGUAAAUUGGUCAGGUGGGAUAGUUCAUAAUGGACUAAUUAGAGAUUGUUCUAUACUGAAUGUGAAUCUGCUUACUUAGUGCUACAGUACUACAACCCUACAUAAGGAAUGUGGGUUGACUUGCUUUGUCUGCCUUUUAAGGAUGUUGUAAUUUAUUUUUUAAGUGAUUAAAAAUAUUUAAAUAA